AUGUUCUAUAACUUUAAAAUUCCUAGGCUAAAUGUAGUUAGAAGCAUAAUAGUAUGUGCUAUUGUGGCCAUCCAAAUGGCAGGACUUGUUUUUGCUGAGAGCAGUGCAGAAGUAACUCCUGAGAGCACACAGUUCUAUAGAGAGAUGAGAGCCCUUACCAAAAAAAUAGAUGAUGUGCUAGAAAAAAUAAGAAACAUGGUUGAUCGAGAGAAAAGUGCUGAAGAAUACAGGCUGUUGCUGGAAAAGAACAAUCUAGCCAUUGUUCACGAAGCAGAGCUUAGCUAUGUGUACAGGUACAGCGGUCCCCUGCUAGAUCUGCUCGAUGUUCCCUCUAUAGCAGAAAGCAUAAACGACAAAAAAUUAAAGAAGUGCAUUAUCCUCAAAAGAGCACUGGACAUUGCUGAUUUUGAAAAAGACGAGCUUGGCUUCUGUCUCAGCAUCAAUCACCCAAACAUCUUAAAAACAUACUUUGGAUACAGAGCAGAGCCACUGGAGUCAUACGAAAAAAUUAACACGAAAAUUGUCUGGCUAUUCCAAGAGAACAUGGAAAUUCCGAUAAGUGACCCAAAAUCGAAUGUAGUAAUGAAGCACAUAUUUGACGACAGGAGAAGAAUAAUUAAAGACAUAGCCACUGGGCUGGCACACCUGCACAAGCAGAACAUACUGCACCUAGACAUCAAAACUGAAAAUGCAAUGGGCACUUACUCCAAAAAAGAAGAGAGAAUCGUGUACAAGAUAAUAGAUCUUGGAAUGACCAUGAAAAUCGAAGAAGGAAAAAAGUUUAAGACUAUU